AAGUCUGCCUUCUCCAGAAUAUGCCUUGUCUCCAUGGUAACAGGCAGACCCAGAAAAGCACUGGGCCAAACUCUUCAACGCUUGUCCAACUAACCUGAUCCUGGACUGUACUGAAGAGGAGAUAAACCAAAAUUCAAACGACUAAUGUUUCUUACAAAAAAUGUGACUCCUUGUGGUCAUUUUGCCAAUUCUGCACUUUCAAAGGACCUAAAGCCUUAAAUAGUGCCUGUGUUUUAAGAUGAUUUAAUUUGAGAAAUUUUAAUUUCCAAUCUUCUACUUACAAUGCAGAGGACACUGAAUAUUCUAUAAAUGGUCCUAUAAAACCAAGAGCAACACUUUUUUUUUAAGUUUUUUUUUUUAUGGAUCAUUAUGCAAGGGAUAUUCUCAAUUAAGGGAUCUUAAACUGGGCAGCACCAGUCGUAGCUGGUCCGAAAGGAGUCCUAAACCAGGACAAGGAUGCACCAACUGUUCAGCCGGGUGCUGGGUCAGAGGGAUCUGUCUCGAGCAGGCGAUCUAUUUUCUCUGGAGGACACAGAGAUCAAAGACUGUCUGUCCCAGGCUCUGGACCAGAUCAAGGCCAUCUCCUGUUCACAGGACUAUUUGACCAAUGACAAUGACCAGGCAGUGGUGGAGAUCUGCAUAACACGGAUCACCACAGCCAUAAGGGAGACGGGCUCUAUUGAGGAACACAGCAGGGCGCUGGUGGGGCUUUGGGAGUCGUGCCUGGAACAUAACCUCACCCCACAAGGUGAAAACACAGAGGACACACCCCAUGCCAAGAUAGCCUCGGACAUCACCAGCUGUAUCCUGCAGAACUACAGCUGCCCAUCAGUUAUGGUGCUGGCGGUGCCUGUAGCGGUGCGAUUCCUGCAGAGAGGGAACAAGGAGCUGAGCAGGAACAUGUCCAGUUAUCUCUCUCUGGCUGCUAUAGCGAAGGCUGAUCUGCUGGCUGAGCACACAGAGGCCAUAACACACAGCGUACUGGGAGGUAACCACAUGCUGUUACGAGUGCUUCCCUCAGUCUACCCCAGACAACCAGAUACCAUCCACUGUCACCUAGGAAACCUCACUGCGAUGAUGUCACAGCUGGAGUCCCCAGAGCAGCAACACCUGAUUAGACUGCUUCAACUUGUUGCCGAACAACAUCCACUUAUGUUGAGCCCUCAGGUGCCUGCAUUAGUCAGUUACCUAGAAGACGAAUCCUUUACUGAGGCCCUGCUUGGUGCGCUUGUGGACGUGUCACAGGCCAGCCCUUCCUCACUGGUCAGCUUUUUGCCAACACUAAGGAUUUUGGGACAGCAAUACCCUGCUCUGCUGGGUCAUGUGGCCAAAAUCCAUGGUGCUGUGGGUAUCAUAAGUGAGACUCACGCUCACAGCUCAUUGGUUUACCUGGUGUCCCUACUGGGCAGCAUGGAGCAUAGCAUUCACCACACUCUGCUGCUGGAGAUCCGAGCUCUGACGGACCGAUAUCCUUCUGUACUGGGAGGCUGCGGCAAAGACCUCUACAGGAUGAGCAACUCGUUCACUGCCAUAGCCCGACUGUUGGGGAGGAAACUCGAGGAGAGCACGGACACCCAAUGCAGGGUGGACGAGGUGUGCCUGCUGUCACCCUGUGCAUCUCUUCCAGUGGGAGGAGGAGGGGGAGGAAGGUCAGAGCAGCAUCUGCAGGUGAAGAUCCAAGCCUUCGAGGAGAAAAUGGUGGAGCAGGAUAGGGGAGAGGAGGAGGUUGAUGGAGACUCUCUGCCAGCCCAACGACGCUACAGCCUGAGCCAAGCCGUCAGGGAGGAGAGACGAGAGAUGAGAUUCAACAGGUCAAAGAGCCUGGCCCUUCACGCUGUGCGCUCACGCUCCAUCAACUCUGAUAACGGGGAUGACGGAGAGGGGGUGGAUCAAAGCCCAGAUAACAUCUUCUCCAACACAUUGGUGAAUUUGCCUUUUGAAAACCAGGAAGCCCCCCCCACUGAGAGGAAGCCACUAGAUGAUGGCUCCAUCCCUGUCUCGGCUGCCGUGGACCGAGGGGUCAAAGAGGCUGAGAAAGGUCAAAGCAAAGACAAGGCCAGAGAGAAGGAGGAGCAGGGGGAAGUCGACAGACUCUUCAUCCAUUUGAGAGACAAUAUGGCGACAAUCAGGGAGUUCUGUAAAGACAUGGUGCAGCAGAUCCCAAUACCAGAGCAAUGUGUGAUAGAAGAUUCCAAUCGAGGAUGUGUCGCCAAGCUGUCAUUCUCCUGUCCUCUUAAGGGCCACUACUGUCUGUACACUAAGUCCUGUUUCCACCUGACCAGCCGACAGCCUCAUCUUUGGAUACACAUCAUGCUGCUACAUCUACAGAGUAAGUCCAGUGUCCCUUUGUGCUCCAGGGACGAGUGUGUCCAGAGACUUGUUUCUCUUUGGGAGAAGACGCAGAUUAAAGGAGCUCACAGCUUCCCCAUGGCUAUGAGUCAGCAUACCACCCCACACAGGAAGGACCUGGAUAGUCUCCAGAUUCAGCUUGAGGAGGUCCGUUUCUUUGACCUGUUUGGAUACAGUGAGGAAGAAGGAGGUUGGCUCUGCUUUAUGUGUAACAACCCUGAGAAGGCUACAGUUGUGAACCAGGAGGGACAGCCUUUGAUCGAGGGGAAGCUGAAGGAGAAGCAGGUCCGCUGGAAGUUCAUCAAGCGCUGGAAAACCCGUUACUUCACCCUGGCAGGAAACCAGCUUCUCUUCCGGAGGGGCAAAUCAAAAGAUGAGCUGGAUGACAUACCUAUCGAGCUAAGCAAGGUGCAAAGUGUCAAGGUGGUUGCCAAGAAACGGCGAGAUCGGGGUCUCCCACGGGCCUUUGAGAUCUUCACAGACAGUAAGACAUAUGUGCUGAAAGCUCAGGAUGAGAAACAUGCUGAGGAGUGGCUGCAGUGCAUCAAUGUGGCCGUGGCUCAGGCCAGAGAGAGGGAGAACAGAGAGGCUACUACCUACCUGUGAGAAAAACCUACGAGGACAAAGCUGCACAACCUGUUAACAAAACAUGUCGUUCACAAAUGCAAAAUUCACAUACAAACAUUCACUGAGGAUUUUUUCUGUAGUUUCACACAAAGAAAAAAAAAAACAGUUUCCACUGUCGGUAGCAGAAGAUUAUAUCUGUAUCCUGUGGUAAACAUCGUAAUCAGAGAAAACAAAAACAAUCAGAAAAAAGCUUUAUAUGCAGUAUUUUGUAGACUUUAAUGAACCAGCAAUAAUAAUAUCAAGAGUGAAGGGUGGUAGCUUUUUUUAUAAAUAGUAACUGACUGUUCUUAAUGUUACACUAACUGGUGCAUCUACUAUUAUAAAUGAAUGUUACAGUACUUAAGUGUUAAAGAUUAUAGUGUUACAUGACUGGACUAUACUGUAUGGAAAGUUCAAUUUCCUCUUGUGGAAUCAGGACUCCUCUGUUAGAUUUAACCACUUUAGAAAAAACCAGCAUGUCAUGAUUUUCUGAGUUUGAUGUUUCGUAAUGAUUCCAGAGAGUCCAGAGGAGUAUUUAGCAAUAAAGACUUGAGAAAAUAAAGAAAAGCACCGACCUCAUAAGGACUUGUAGCAAUAAUGACACUGAACAUUUUUUUUUCUCCUUAAAGCAGGAAGUAUGAUGAGGAAUAUAAUGGAUUUAUAUAUUUUUUGAUAUGGACAAAAAUCAUAGGUAAACAAAGACAGAUUUCUUGGCCAGGAGAGGUGACUCACUGGAGUCGUCAUAAGUUGCUGAACAGUCCCAGAGUGAAUCAGUCCUGCAUGAAAGCCAGAUGUAAAACAACUUCAUGACCUUCGUACAGAGCCUGGCUAGCUGUUUCUACCAGUAUUUAUGCUAGGCUACGCUAAGCAGCUGCUGGCUGAUUAUACAGAAUAUAAUUGAUAUUACAGUAACAACAAUGAUUAUUCUACUGAUCCUUUCAGCUAUUUUAUCAACUAAUUCAAUAUCAAAAGUACUUAGGGAACAUGUACAUAGUCAAUCCAGCAGUUAAAGAAACCCAUCUUAUCUUUACUUUUAAUUGAAACUACUCUUUACUUCUCUGGAGUAAAGUAAGAAUCAGAAACCUUUCAUCCAACAUAUACAAGCACCAUGUUUAAAAAAACCAUUUUGACUACAUUUCUGUGUUCCUCUCUUGUACAUAAGUGGCUUAUAAAGCAAGCCCCCUAAGAGUGAGUGCUGUGGUCAGAUUUCUGGUCUUUUGCAAUGUCAGUUGUGUAUGGACUGAGCCUUUCUUGGCUUUCCCAAACAAGAAAUGUUUAAAAUGAACAAUUUACUUCAUAAUACUCAAGGAGAGGACACAAAUCAGAUGUUGCUUGGUAAGAGUGAGACUCCGUUGGACCGCAGAUUUGUAAGAAAACAUCAAACUUAAUAAGGGUUCUCUCAAAAAUUCAGAGAAAUGUCUGUUUAAACAUCAAGAGAAACUGUGAUUGAAUGAAGUUAAUGCUGUUGCUCUGUUUUUUUCCCACAUUUUAAUGGACUGAGACUGUUUCUGUAUUUUUAACUUUUACCUUUCCACCUGGAAAAAACGUCAGCCUGUGGCAGUACAGCCUGAAUGUGGAGCACAUGAACUCCCUUUUGUUCCUCACUUACAUGGAGGAAGAUGACAAACAUGUCUUGCUCUAGUUAAGCUCUGAGCUGCCUGCACCAGACAAUUUCACAGUCGACUGUGGCAAAUCAAUUAUUCUGCAAGUCGGAUUCUGAUCUUUCUCUGGAUCCACAUCUGAGGUGUGUGUCUGCCCACAGGUGAACAUAUUGCUUCGGUAAUGCUUUUGGUUUUUUGGUAAGACAUUAAGUGCGUUGAAUAUUUUCAAAAUGCCUAUGGUAGUUUUAAUUUUAACUUGUGUGACAGACAAGCACCGCUUCUUUGGUCUUAAAUUGUCCUAAAGCCUAGAUCCUGUUAGCUUUGAACAUACAAUCAUAACACUGCCUUUCCCACCGGGUCAGGUUACCAGUCUGGACCUUCUGCUGUCUGCACACUGAUCCACACAUCAAUGUGCUUACACAUAAGAUUAUUUACAUCAUGCCUCUCCUUCACAUUUUCCUGCCUUUUUUUCGAUUAAUUGCCCACAUACACAGAUGGCUAUGCCAUCAGAGGGAUUAACUGCUUAAUCUGCAAUACAUUUUUUUAAUUCAAAUAUGUAACAUCAUUAGUCUGAAUAGUGUCAUGGCUGUAGGGUUGGCGAGGGUCAUUUGUCCUAUGGUUGUUCCACUCAUUUUUAACCACUCAACAACUUUUUGAGUGUUUCCGAUUGUGUCACCAUUCACACUCUUGUUUCUCUUGGACACAUUAAGACAAUGAUCUCACACAACUUAGUGUGCGAUUGUUUUUGUUUUACUGAGAAUCAUCCUGUCUUUGUUGUUUUAUUUGUGCUCUUUUUUUUUUGUAUCUGGACAUCAUUGUAAAUGAGGGAAACCUCAAUGAUUUUCAAGGCUUGAAUAUAGAUUUGAAAUGUAAUGAACUCCUGGAUGGUAUGAAGCAAACCCUAGCACCCUAGAAUGUAUAGCUGACUAAUAGAGAGAAAUGUAUUUGUGCUGAACAAACCACACACACACACACACACACACACACACACACACACACACACACACACACACACACACACACACACACACACACACACACACACAUUACUUGACCUGUCAGCUAGUAAACAAACAUUGCAACCACUGCCAUCCUUAAGUGAAGUUUAAAAUACUCUCUUCUCCAUGUUCCAAAGGUACUAAUGCACCAGCUCUAACUUUCCAGUAUUGCAGUGUUGAUUUCUUGGUGUAUAAGGUGAAUGUCUGAUCAUAUUGUUGGCCUAAGCUGUCUACGAGUUACAAUGUGAACACUCUUUGUCGUCACGCUGCCAUGUUGGCCUGGUUUCAAACCUUCCAGAGCCAAAAUCAACAAAAGAGGGUCUUUCUGUCUAUCUACCUAUCUAUCUCUCUAUCUCUCUAUCUACCUAUCUAUCUAUAUUUAUCUGUCUGUCUGUCUGU